UCGUUAACAUAGAAAGUUGAGGAUUAGAUUAAGGUGAUCGAUAAUCUUAGAAGAGUCUGCAACAUAGUUUCUUUCCGACAGUCAAUAUAGUAAUUGGUUUUAGGCCUGAUUUUCAAUAAUCUCACAUUGCUCUAUUGGAAGUAAGCUUGUAGAACAUUUAUGCAUCGUGCAGAAGUGCAAUGAAAAUCUUGAAGCCGAUAUUAUUAUUUGUGUGUAUGGAUUGAUAAACAUUUUCCAAAUCGCAAGUAAUAUUCCUAGUAUUUAUUCUAGUAAGUACUACAUUCUUUUAAAGCAUUAGAAGUUGAUUGCUUUCUGACCAUGAUAUGCCUUUUCUCGUGUUUCUUUUAUAAACCUUUUAGAAAUUUUAGACCUUUGUUCUAUAAUUUCUUCUUAUGUCUAGGGUCAGUCCCUAAUAUAUUCAAGAAUCAAGACCUAAAUCACACUUUUCGAAUAGAGUUGAACUAGUGACUUCGAAAAGUCUUAGUUAUCACUUGAUAUUUUUGCUUGAUUUGUUUAUUGAAUCUAAUGAAUCGAAUCUAGGGGAAAGCCCCACAAGCCAAGCUCGAUAUUUUCUCCUCUUAGCAAUUUUGAGUAUCAUCAUUUCAGUUGAUUAAUAUCACUCGUCUAUGUUCCAAAAUGGCAAGUUUGAUGAUGACCAUCAAUUCUUUUGUUUUUAUGUUCUAUAGUAUUUAUUCGCGUCUGACUAAUGAUAAGCUGCUUUGGGAAUCAUCAAAGCAAAAAAUAUUAUUCUAUUCACAAGAAGCCUUCUAGUAUUAUCUAACAAGAAAAAUAUCUUGGAGCUCAUCUCAUCCAUUUGACUUUAUUCUCGAAAAUCUUUAAAACGUUUCCCUUGCAGAUAACGUUGACCUCGGUACAGCUUGUGGCAAGCACCUCUGUGAGUCGAUCCUGGUAAGUAAACUAUUGAAUACAUUAUACACUUGACUUCAAAUUUAUAUGUUUCUUCACCGACUUCUACAAAUCUAAAAUUUACAUGCAUACUUAGUAACAACAAUGAAAUAUUACAAUGGUACAUAAUGCUGAUAUUAGAACUUUAUCUCGUUUCAGGUGAUCUCCCUGGUCAUAAUCAGUAAAAGUGAUAUACCUCUAAUUUUCUUAAAACUUUUUGUUGGAUUUUUUUUGUCCCUAUUUUAAUCGCGCCUCGGAGCUCACAAAUUUGGUGUUGUGUAAGAGUCAUACUAUUCUUUGCAUAUUCAUAAUUUCACAUAUUGAACUUUUUAGUAUGAACUCCAAUAGAUUUUAUAAAUAACAAGUCCAAAAUUUAACUAAAAACUUAGUAUCUGUAGACAUGAAUUUUAUAAAUGCUAUCAAAUUUAUAACCAUAGCUAGGUAUCAUAAAAUAUAAAUAAUUAACUUUAAAUAAGUGAUUAGAUAGCCCUUCCUAAAUAUACAAUUCUACAGAAUUGCAACUUUAAUUGAGUUGAUUUACAAUAACAACCCUUAUUUAUUUGCUAAGUUAUGUCAUUGUGGCUAAGUCAUUAUCCGUUGAAUGAGAAAAUAGUGAAUGAUAAAUUCCAAAAUAUUUUGUUACCAUGGACGCGCUGCAAGAUAGUUAAAAGCUAUCCAUAACCCCACAAAUUAGGAAAGGUUAAGGAUUUACAGCAGGCGAGAGAGAAACGGCCCGACUUGGUUAAACAUCCUAAUUAAUUCCUCCGCGUACGCCUAAUUUUAAGCUUUUUUUCCUUUUUAAAAUUCUACCAAUUAAUAUUUCUUGAUUAUCUUUCCCUAAUCCCAUAAGAUUAAAUAUUCGUGUUAAUCCAUAUAGUAUAUCUUAUCGAUUCCGUUUCGAUAAAUUAAAUCCUCUUCUGCUUCGUUGUGAGUGCGUGUAUAAGAGAACAAAAGUUCGCGUAACGUUCAUCCUUCAACUUCACCAGAAGAAAAUUCAUUUGCUUAUCCAUGUCUACAGGAAAAAGACAUUAAAUGUCACAGAUUCUCAGUAAUAUCUCAGAGACCAUCCCUUCCAUGACGCCAUCACCUUCACUUAGCUGUCUCCCUAUUUAAAUUCUCUCCAUGCAACUCUAACAUCUCAUUAAAACAAAAUAAAAUAAAAACAAAACCCACCAAAAAUUAUUUUUUCUGGGUUUUGUAUUUAAUUUAUUUAAAAUCUAGAAAUAUGGAGAGAGCCUCUUCUUCCUCCUCCGAGUCAUCAUCCUCCAUGGGUUCUUCUUCUGAUCAAACCUCACAUUUUGUGACGUCAUCCAUGCUUUCCCGAACGUCAUCAUCUUCUUCCUCCGCCUUUGGAGACUACAUAGGAACGGAGAGCUGCUUCGACAUCCUCGAAGAAAACGACGUCGUCUCUGCCCCCACCAAGCCUUCGAACCGCUAUCGUUACGGAGGAAGGAGGAGAGAGGAAAGAGAAGCUAGAGCUGCGGCGGCGCGUGAAUUUCCUCCACCGAUACCUUUGCUUGCUCAGACGGAGAAUCUCCUUCCCCACAUGCCGUGGGUUCUGAAGCGUGUGGUGACGAGCGACGGGAGGCUUAUUCUGAGAGAAGAGAAGGUUCGUCAUCACGAGUAUUUUCGUGCGCAUAGAGCCAAUGGCCGUCUCACUCUCGACCUUGUUCCACUAGACGACGAUGUUUUCGACCUUCCCCAAGAGCCCUCUCAUUACCAUUCUGACGAAGAUGAUCAUAAUGAUGAUUAUGAUGAGCAUGAGUGUGAUGUUGAUGAUCAUCAUAACGAGGUGGGUGAUGACUUGGAUGAUCUGGCGGAUAAUGUUGAUGAGAGUGUUAUUAUUACGGCAUCUGAUGAUGAUGAUGGUGUUAUCCAUAACUAUGAUGAGGAUAAGUGCAAUGUGCAUGGUGGUAUUAAAGAUGGAUAUAGGAAGACUAUACUGGAGGUGGCGGCGGCUGAGGAGACGGUGGUGGAAAGCGGAGGGAUGGUGGGAGGAGGAGGAUCGCCGAGGGGAAAGUGUAUGAAGUCUUGUUUUGUUGGUAUGACAGUUCGAGAGAUCAGACCAGUCCUUAGUUGAUUAAAAUUGUUACUUAAUUAGUCCUUAUUAAUUAGCUAAGAAAUAUUACUAUUACAGGUUAAAGAAACUACCGGCUUAUAAUAUGAAUAUCAGAGUUCUUUUUUACAAAGUACUAUUGUUUUCUUGUUUUGUAAUUUCAGAAUGUAAUUCAUCUUCGUCGAGGUUUUGUCUGGCCCGGUGAAAACUAUAGAGAAGCGAUACACUUGUAGGAGAAAAUAUUUAAAAAGCCAAUCACAAUCUCCUUUGGUUGUUUUAAAGGAAAAUAUUCAAAAUAUUGAUACUUAUUCUGAAAGAUAGAAAGGCAAAAGAAAAGAAGGGAAGGAAAACAUAACAGCUAAUACUCUUUUCAUUUCUUGGAGGUAACUAGGAAUUGAUUUUGAAUUGACUUAUACGGUUAUACCUUAAAUCCAGCGAUUUUCUUCUAUAUUUCACUAUAAAAAUAUUGAAUAUCUUUAUAUAUAAAUAUAUAAAAUUCAUGUAAGACAAAAUAUGUCAAAGACGAAAUAA